UAUCUGAAAGCAAACAUGCCGGAGGUAGCUAAGAUUUCAAGGAAGGGCUCGAAGAAAGCUGCCUCCAAAGCCAACAAGAACGGCAGGAAGAAGAAGAGACCCAGAAAGGAGAGCUAUGCAAUCUACGUGUACAAGGUCCUGAAGCAGGUCCACCCCGACACCGGCAUCUCCUCCAAAGCUAUGGGCAUCAUGAACUCUUUUGUGAGUGACAUCUUUGAGCGCAUCGCUGGCGAGGCGUCCCGCCUGGCCCACUACAACAAGCGCUCCACCAUCACCUCCAGGGAGAUCCAGACCGCAGUCCGACUGCUGCUGCCCGGAGAGCUGGCCAAGCACGCCGUGUCUGAAGGCACCAAGGCCGUGACCAAGUACACCAGCUCCAAGUAAACCCGCUGGAUCCCAGCAACACGAAAGGUCCUUUUCAGGGCCACCCACCACUUCAAUAGAGCUUUAGUUCUGAUGCUGUCAUGACUUUAAUCCGGAUUUCACUGAGCCUUAUUUAACAGUAAUUUCUAUUUAAAGAAACCACUGCACAGCUGAAAACAAACUGCAAGUUAACAGGUAAAUGUGAGGUUUGGGUUUGUCCUUCAAAAUAAGUGUUCAAAAGCAGUACGAGAAGAUUUCAAACUAUUGACUCCAGUCUCUGUGAAAAUCACAAGAUUUCCUCCCUAAGAGCUUUUACUAUUAGAGGUCUAACCUCUGACACCAAAACAUCCACUGAUUGGCCAUUUAUAAUCUGUUCAUGUACAGUACUAUCAACUUGCACACUGUAAUCUGCUUAUUGCCACAUCAUUUGUUGCAGUACUUCCUUCUCCUUUGCAAGUACAUCAAGUGUAAUGUUUAAACCAGAGUCAAAUUCCUUGUGCACACAUAGUUGGCCAGUAAAACACAUUUUGAUCCCAAAUCUGGAACCAUACUC